AUGAAAGAAACUUCUGAGAACUACUCAACUUCGAGGCAAUCUUGGCGUCCACAAACAACAAAUGAGCAGCGUCCGAACACAACAUCGCAUUCGGCAACACGGCACGAUCAAGCACGGCCGCCUACCAGUAAAUAUACUUAUUAGAGUUUUCUGCGAUAUUUCUGCAAGUUCCUUCUUAGAAGAGACUUCGAGAAGUCAAUAAGUUUAAUAAUAAUAUUUGUUUUGUCCGACAGAUGCGCAAAGGACACCGUUCGAUAGACCUGGUUUGCGAUUAACUUCACUUUCAGCUCUCUAUCAGCCGGCUUUCAAGCCUUACUCUUUCAGCUACAUGUACAACACGAAGUAUAACGCUGAUUUUGAAGGAAGAUACGCGCCUCCUCCUUUACCAGACAGGUAAAAUGUUUUAUUAUCUCAAUAAAAAAGUCCGAGAGGGAUAAUUCUUCCCGUAUUGGUCGCUAUGGUAACGUAAAAGAACUUCUGUUGUCACGUUUUUUGAAAAACGUUCCAUUUGACAAGAGAAACCGAAGAAGGAGGAAUCUAUUAGUAAUUUUUCACUAUAUUUUGAAAGUACGCCCUUGGAGACCCAAUCGUAGCUUAUUGGGACGACAGAGUAUUCAUUAGCCUUCGUGCAAGCCUUACCUAUUAAAAGUCACGCGCGAGCGGCACGCGAAAGCUGAUUGUCGCGCACUCGCGUACAUUUGUGACUUCGCUUCCCAAUUGAAAUACAGAGCUUACUCGCAGGCUUGAUUUUCACGAAAAAUAAGUUCUGAGCUUGUAUAACUUCAGUAUAACAAACUGUCCACGCUUGUCCGAUCCUGUUUUUAAAAAUCGUUCUUUUGAAAUUCAUGUGGCGAACUCUACUUCCGGGCCGGGUCGGCAAACUCAAUUUGGGGAGAGGGAGUCCUUGUCCAAUGUUUGGGUAUAGGUGAGCCGCUGAGGGUUUGAAAUCCUAACCCUUUUAGGACAAAAAAUUCUAAAAUACAUGCCCUGUUUAGGACAACAAACUUAGUUAUAUUACACUUUUUAGGACAAAGGACAAAAUGAACGCCAUCUUGUUUUUAAGCCAUUACUGGCAAUUGCAAUAGAGCAAAUUCAUCACGUUAUAGUCAUUACUUUUUUAUGCUUGGAUUACAGACACUUUUCGAACUGUUUAUAAUUAGAACAGACUCGCACAAAAUUAUUGCCCUGUUUUGGGCAGACUCCCAUGAAAUUAUAUAUCCUGCUUAGGACAGAGAGGUAAAAAACCAUACCUUGUCAAGCAGGGCAGCACAUACCCGUAUAGGCCAUAUAAGGGAGUACCUCCCCUGGGGAACUCACUUCGUUCAUUACAGGGUGAAACCACCGGCUUGCGCUGGGAAUCAAACUGGCAAAAGGUAAAAGCAUUCAAACUGAGGACCAGCGACAAUUGCUGUGAGUUUGCUACAAAAAGACAAUUUUUCAUUUGUCCUGUUUGUCCGGAAGCCAUCGUACUUGCAAGGUCAUGGUAGGGACUGUGGGGAGACAUUUUUCUCACUAAAAGAUCUGCUUUUCACUCCAAUUGUAACAGGGCUGUAAAGAUUUUUACUGUACUAUGUCUUCCACUGAGAGGAGGUCAGGUCCAGGGGUCAGGUAUUAAUUGAGGUUCACACUGUUGCCCCCCUUUUUUCCAGCCUUUGGGUGUUUUACCUCGUCCCUCCCCUCCCUCCCCUCUUCCCACCUGUCAAGUUGGUCACAAAGUACUUUGUUGUGUGCCUAUCAGGUAAUGAGGGUUUAGUUUGGUGCAUUUUUAACAGAUACAAUUUUUUUUCAGGGUUUCUACAGCUAAUUAUGCUCCCAUUAAGUACAAGUUUGGUUCCAGUACAUAUCAACAGCAUUUCCAGCAGAGACAGCCCUUCAGCACCGCAUUUGUGAUCCCAUACUCACGACACCGGAGAAACAACCCACAACCAACAAUGGUGAAUUCUUACAAUUAUCCAGAUGGGGUGAGUUUAAGUCACUCUGAUUGUUUGUUAGUUUUCUCCCCAUGUAAGGUAAUCCAAGGCAAUCUUGGAUUCUGGAUUUCUGCACAGUGGAUUCCAGAUUCCAGGUACUGGAUUCUAGUAUUUGUCAGUGGAACUUGGAUUCUGGAUUCCAAUUGCACAGUUUUUUUUAGGGAGUUAUCAUAACUCCAAAAAUGGAGUAAAAAUUUUAGGUACAGGAUGACCCCUUUUAUGGGAUUGAGUUAAUUCCUAAACUUCAAAUUUGGGGUCAUUAUUUUACUCCUGAAAAAGAAUUCUUUUAACUCCCAUUCUGGAGUUAAAAUAACUCCAAAACUGGGGUCAUUUUUGCUCCUUACAUGGGUUGUUUUCACUCUUUUUGGAGUUACUUUAACUCUAAGAGUGGAGUAAAAUUUUAGGCACAGGAUAACUCCUUUUUGGGGGGUUAUUUUAACUCCUCAAUAUCUGGGGUGAUUUUUACUCCUGAAAAAGAGUUAAAUUAACCCCACUAGAGGAGUUAUUAUAACUCCUUGAAAAUUACUGUACGUUUGCGGGAUUCCAGUUUCAUUGCGUUGAACCACGGAUUCCAAAGCCCUGGAUUCCAGAUUCCACAAGCAAAAAUUUAAUUUCCUUCAUUUCCGAAUCCGGAUUAUCUUACAUGAGGCGAUUUUCAGUUUUAAUUCGACAGAAGCACUUCAUCUUUAAUCAUGGUUAAUCUUAGCAACGCCUCUAACGCAAAGUAUUUUGCUUUCAUUAGAUCCGAUGGAUCUGGAAGCCGUCUACACCGACGAGCGAAAACGUCUCUAAAGGUAGGAAUUUUGAAAGCCUUUUCAGACUUCUGUUUACUCUAUGUUCAGUUACUGCUUUGUUUGUGUGUUUGUUUUCUCUUUAUUUGAGAAGCUUAUUGCUAGUGGCAUCAGCUGAAAGACACAUCCGCGUUAUCUGGGAAUUAAAAAGUCAAAAGUACACUUGCUUUUUACUUGUUUGUAUUUUAUUUAUUAAAUAAAUCCUCUUGUUUGUCUUCAGCUCAAUCUCAACCCAAGACUCAAGAUCAGCCUAUUCGUUAUCACCGAUGGUACUCAAGAUAACACAGGAAUGCAACUGAAGUUUAUUAUAUAAGUGACGAGUUGUUAAAAUGAAGCGCUUAGAUAUUUUGAAGAUCACCAUUUUUAGGAAUACAAAAGUCCUCAGGUUUCCUCGGCUUUAGAGCCUGCAUGGACUGGCCAAGAAAGAAAACAAAGUUGGAGAUUCGUUUCACGAAAAGAAAUCAGUAUUAAUUUUUAGCUAUUUUUCAAUUUAUCAUAACUAUAACAAAAUUCUCAAAUCUGAUUGGCUAUCAACUGCCCUGAUUUCAGCCUUAAUUGGACAAUUUAAUAGGACAGUACGCGUCAUGCCUAAGUAAUUAGACAGUACGCGCCAUCAGGCGCGCGCUUAAAUGGCUUUUUUUCACUACUAGCAUUAAAAAAAAUGGAAUUUCUUCUGUUUUGGUUUAAAAAAGGGCUUACAUAUCACAAAUUUUGUUACAGUUAUGAUUGAUUGGUAACAGAACUUCGUGUCGUCCAAUUCAGUCUGUAAUCAUACUCGUGAUUAAACAAAUCGGACUCCCGCUACGCGGUCGUCCGAUUUUGUUAAUCAUUCGUAUGAUUACAGACCGAAUUGGACUCCACUCAGUCCUGUUACCAUUACUUACAUUGUAAUGUAACAUGCUGAUUUCUUAGAUCAAAUGUUCACAGCUGUGUUCAGUCUUUAGUCCUUAGGCUAUUUGCCAAGGAAUUCCGUCAUUCUUAUAAUGAAUAGUAGAGCAAGCAAAAUCCCAGUGCGAGCGCGUUUGAGAAUUGCCAACCGUAAGGAUGGUAAAUCUUUCUUCUGCGUCUUGCCUCUCCUCGCAUGCGGCAAUAGGGAGUUUAAGAUACCACGACGGCGAUUGCGGCGCAAACGUCACUUAAAAGUGUCUUCUUCUGAAAUCUCAGCGCGAUUAUCGUAACUCUCUCACUUUGUCCAAUGUAGGCGAACUUCCCUGGAGUUUAAUUCUUAAGAAAGAUAUUUAAGUUUAAAAGAGACAGAAAUAUUUGUCGUCGUACUAAUGCCUUCACGUUGUCGAUAAAACGUGGAAAUAGGCAAUUCACGCCGCAGUCGGGCAGUGACGCAAAGAACUGCGCGUGCGUGAGAAUUUCGCACACUUAACUAUUCUCCAGGAAAAUGAGGGACUACUUGUAGUCUCCCGCGUGCUUAGCGUCUUCGUUCCCCUUGACCAGCGUCUUGUCAAGCCAGCAUGCCCAGUAAGGGACGAAGACUUUGAGGUACAAGAUUGACCCGUAGUCUAUGUCAAAUAUUGAGAAAAGAUAGAUUCUCCAUUAGGCUUUCUCCCACAGACUCAGCGUUAGAAGCAUUUUCGAUGUCUAAGUGAAUUGAGAAAGUGGUUUAAUCCUGGGACUUCGUUGCGCGUUACCGGCCCAGAACACGCGAUGAAGCCCUAAGUCUGCGAGGGAGGGUAGUUUUAUGUAUGAUUAAUAGGGGCCUUCAGAUCCUACAACGGCGACGGCAACGACGACGUCAAAAAAGCAAUAGGUUUAAUAACCAAAACAACAAUUUUGCACGUGCAUCAUGCUUUUUUUGUACAUUUCUUUGCCGUCACUGCACGACU